AUGAAAAAUGUUGUUGUUAUUCUACAAUUAGCUGAAAUUGUUCUCAAAGAGACGGCUGUUGUUGAUGGAAACAAAUUAUAUAAACAAAUCGUUGGUGAAGCGAUGGAUUCACCCUUUACUUUAACAUUGGCCAAUAUUUUCAUGUGGAAAUGGGAAAAAAAUGCUAUUUGUGGUGAAUUAGGAUCCAAUGAGAUCAUGGCCGCGGGAGGUUUGCCGACAGUUACAUGGCUCCAUGAUAUAUUUGUUGAUGUUUGGAAAAAUAAGGAAAUGGUAGAAGAUUGGACAUUGAUUCGGUUAUACAAGAACAAAGGUGAUAAGAAGAUACGUGAUAAUUAUCGAGGCAUAUCAUUUCUGGCGGGUGUGAAGUUUGCCGAACAAAUAGCUUACAGAAAAAGUGAUUUCUUUCACACAGCAAGGGAAAAAUUGAAUAUUCUGGCAUUAAUGUAUGCAGAUGAUUUAGUAGCAAUGUGUAACAGCGCUGGUGAUCUGGAGAAAUUUAUAACAACUGUUGAAAAAAGUGACACAAGAAUAAAGACGUGUAUUAUGAUGUUGAAACAACCGAAAGAAGAUUCGGCACGAAGAAUCGUCAGGAACGAAAAGAAAGAUUUGCCCGACAUUGAUAUUGUUAUACGAAAUCAAAAAGUUGAUAUUGUCGAUUUCUUCGCUUAUCCUGGAUGUUUUGUGUCGAGAGAUCGGCCUUCCGAAACGGAAACAGAAACAAGGCGUAACAUAGCAAAGGCGUCGACGGCAUUUAAUAUGCUUCGAAAUGCGAUUUGGUAUCAAAAAACUAUCUCAAUCGAAGCAAAGCUAAGAAUUUGUGAGUUAAGAAGAAUUUGUUAA